AUAAUAUUGCUGUUGAUGCUUCUGGCAUUCCUAAGCAUAUUGACGAAGAGUUUUCUCGUAGCAAGUUGGAGUCGCUUACUUCUGACCUUUUGGAAAGAUUGGUUGCUCCUUGCCGAGAUGCUCUUAAACAGGCUGGAGUUUCCCAAAUAGAUGAAGUAGUUUUGGUGGGAGGAAUGACUCGCAUGCUAGCCGUGCAAAAAAAAGCCAAGGAAAUUUUUGGUAAAGAGCCGAGCAAAGGAGUUAAUCCGGAUGAAGCAGUAGCAAUAGGAGCUGCUAUCCAGGCUUCUAUUUUAAGCGGAGAGUCAAAAGAAGAAAUGGUUUUGCUGGACGUUACCCCUCUUUCUUUGGGAAUUGAAACCCUUGGAGGAGUUUUCACUAAAUUAAUAGACCGCAACACCACAAUUCCUACUAAAAAAUCGCAGGUCUUUUCCACCGCUGCCGAUAAUCAACCAAGCGUAGAUAUUGCUGCAUACCAAGGAGAAAGAGAAUUUACCAAAGAUAAUAAACUUCUGGGAAGAUUUCAAUUAACCGGAAUUAAACCGGCUCCAAAAGGAAUUCCCCAAAUCGAAGUUACUUUUGAUAUUGAUGCUAACGGAAUAGUUAAAGUUUCGGCCAAAGACAAAGAAACUAACAAAGAGCAGUCAAUUACUAUCACUGACAGCCAAGGUUUAAGUAAAGAAGAAAAAGAUCGCAUGAUUCGUGAAGCCGAAGAAAAUGCUGAAAAAGACCGAGAAAUGAGCGAAAAUGUGGAUAAGUUAAAUGAAGCGGAAGGUUAUAUUUACUCCUUUGAAAAACAAAUUGAAGAACUAAAAAAAAACAAAGAUUUCAAAGAGGAUGACCCUAAGUUUCAAGAAUUUCACAAACUAUACCAAGAUUUAAAGAACGCGUUAACCAAACUUGCCCAGGAAUUAAUGCAAAAAAUGCCAACUGGAAAAGAACAGAAAGAUGAAAAAGUAGAAGACAUUCAAUCAGAAAAAGAUAACAAAAACUAG